CAAGAAAGAUAUCCCCUAAAUCAAAAUUGCGCGUACCGCGCGUUUUGGUACGAUUUGUAUCGCAGUCGUAAUCGUACAGAUGUUUGACAGAACCAUCCAAAAUCCGAUCUUCCACACCAAAUUUUUGAUAGAUUAGAGGAGCAAGCCCCGACGUAAUAAUCAUACGAUACAGCCUCCAAGCGAUAUCAUCACUCACAUUUGCUGCGAAACGAAAAAGUCGAGUCUCUACGAUGGCGGAUGACGACGAUUGCUGGGACGCCUUUGGGAGUGAYAGCGAUGACGACGAUGUCGGAAACAGCAACGAUGGCAGCGACARCGAUGCGUUGGAAGGGCGUUUGCCAUYGACCACGGCGGAGGAAAACAGGGCUGCAUCUUCAAUUUCCAUGUAUCUAUCACAAAGUUUUGUGAAAGACAACCCRCAGGUCCGGCUCUCGGAUCGGACAGUGUUGGUGGUUCGUGUUGGUCAAGAAGCACCAGCUGGUGACAAYGACAAGUGUUCCAUAUCCAACAAUCUAUCACAGCGAGGGAUUAAGGUCGUGCAGCAAACCGUYGAUGCACAAGGACAACGACACAACUCUGGAUCGACAAUUGCGGACGCAGUGAUUCUUUUGGGAGGUGCCAACUGCAUCGAGAACAACGUCGAAGAAACCUCCGAUGGCRCUGCUGCAUGGAAACUCGAUUUGGUGCAAUCUAGCUUGUGCCCGGGUGGCGUGCUGAUUUUUUCGUCGAACGUCCCUUGUGAUACGAGCCCCACUAGCGGAGAUGGGGAUCCAGGAUCGUUGCUGUUUAGAAAAGGGAGUGUACGAGAAAAACUGYUAACCCCCGAUGCCACCGUCUUGCACGCUGGUGGCGAAAUCCGCUUUAUCGCACGGCGAAAACGAGUCGUCCACGUCCAUUCCUCGACGUGUCCUUGGCUGGCCUCGUCGCAUUCCGUUUCGGAGGAAGAAGAACGCUUGGAGCUCGCUACCGUUCCGUUGUCGUCGCACGAAAUGGCAAAGAGCGAUUCCACGCCGCAUUSUCCUUCRCGGUCGCAGGGGCUGCUGACGGAACACUCCAUCUCGAAAGCCGUCCAAAGCAUGAAUCGCAACGGAUAUUGCAUCCUCAAGGGAUUGCUUGACACAAACGAGUGUCUCGAGUGGGGUUCGGCCGUCCUGGAGUCCUUCCACGCGGCGUCCGAAAUCCUUCUUGAGCGCGACGGCGUCGACAUCUACAACCCACAGUCCUCCGAGAGYGAGCCACAAUCCUACCGCGAGUUGUCGAUGCGCGAGGACCUUCGAUUGGACCUGCGGCAGGGACCGGCCCUGUCCCGGUUGCGGGCGAAAAAGGAGGGAAGUGCCGUGGUCGGGGGAAAACCCGUCGUUCUGAAGGCCUCGGAAGACCGCAUCGGCGACGGCCUGUUUCUGAGGGGCCAUCCGAGCCUGAUGGAAAUCGUCCGCCGGACCAUGAAUCCAAGGGAGGACGGAAACGGGGGGCGCAAAAACCCGCUGUACCUGGGAAACAUCGGGAGAUGGAACUUUGGCGGGAGCGGCAACGACGGGAGCUACCGCGACCUGCACGUAUCCCAGGUCGGCGGGAUAAUUUCCCUACCGGGCUCGGCGGAGCAGGCGCUCCACGCCGAUACUCCGCACCUCUUCGAGCACCUCCCCGACACCCUCCCGGCCCACUACAUCAACUUGUUCGCCCCGUGCACGGCCUUCGACGAGGCCGUAGGUGGGACGGCMUUUGUGCACGGGAGCCACGACCUGGCCUUUUGCGCCGACCGCCACGGAGCCAGCGGGAACGCCGCCUUUUACCCCKGGCUGGUCCGGCCGCAGCUGACYGUUGGCGAUGUGGUCCUCUUCGACUGCCGGAUCCUCCAUUUCGGUCUGGCCAACGCGUCGAGGACCGUGGAGCGGUGCAUUUGCUACGUCAACACCUGGCAGGACUGGUUCCACGACGCCAAGAACUGGGACCAGAACCGCGCCAUCUUCGAGGAGGAAGAAACMGAGCAAGGAGAAGAAACAACCCCCGCUACGCAAUAGAAGUAGAAGCUGCCUUAUGCUUGAAUWACAUCGAUUGGACAUCURUUGGUUUUCCUGUGGGUGAUUCAAGAAUAGUUGGCGAAAUGAUUGACAGUCGUCAACGGCCACUCGCUCUCUCUCCGUCUAAUGUGAUUGACUAUUAAAACUGAUCAUACGUAGUCAUGCGGAAUUUAAUCACGCUUGAUAAAUUUAGGCUACAUUU